AUGCCAAAGUUUUGUUGUCGAUUGUCUUCUAGAACGUUAGAGCAGUCAUGUCAAAGGUAUGCUGUUGAUUGUAUUUUAGAACGUCAGAGCAGUCAUGUCAAAGGACAAUGUCCAGGUGACAGGCAACGGAUACCUGCAAAUGAGGGAUGUUGUCCUGCUAGAGCUGGGGAAGCCUGUGGAGGUGACGUGAGUGUAUAUUGUGAUACGGAAUUGGGAUAUACAUGUCUAGAUGAGAAUGGAGAGGAAGGGCGAGGUGUUUGUAAAGGUAAAUAUGACCUACGAGGCGUUACUAUCAAACAGAAAUCAUUGACCAUACAAUGGAAACCAUUUGCACCACCAAAUUAUACUUUGGAAUACAGUUUGAUGUCUAGGAUUCACAACUACAGUUCCAAUCUAACUUUAUGGAAGACUAUCGAGACUGGAGACGAAGCAGAGUACACACUGGUCGAUCUGGAACCAGCAACAUGGUACUUCAUCAAGAUUGCUGUUUGGCAUAUUCCCUUUAACGAUUCGUACAGUAACAUCACGGAAACUUUGAUGAUCAAAACUAAAGAUGCAGAGUAUUGUGAACAUGCUGGCAAUGAAUAUGAAAUUGGCCAAACAUUUAAUAACAAUAACGAAGACAGCUGUUUAUGUUUGAAAACUGGUCAGCUGGAUUGCACAAGCCUAUGUCCUAACUCAUCAAAUGAAGCUUGUGAUAUCAGAACUAGAGGAAAUUGCUCCGAAAUAGAAUGUGAAACAGUAAUGGCAAACUGUUCAGUAAAUGGUACUAUAUAUAUCCAUAAUGAAAUAUUUGAACAAGGAGAAUGUAGAGAAUGUACAUGUAGUAAUGGUGAAGCAACGUGUAUUUUACCUUCUCACUGUGAGGAGAUGGAAGCAACAGAAGAAUGUCCGAAACCAGUUUCACAUAUAAUAGAAGGUCAAUGUUGUCCAGAGUGGGAAUGUGGUAGUCCACGACUCACAUUUUGUGAGCAUCGAGGAAGAAGGUAUACUGAAGGUUAUGAAUGGCAAGAUGAAGAGACAUGUGAAACUUGUGAAUGUCACCAAGGUCAAGCUACUUGUCAUAAUUUCUGCGAGGAACCGGAAAUGCCAGAAAAUUGUCCUCGACCAAGUAGGCGACCCGCCCCAAAUGGUUGUUGUGAAAUCUACGAGUGCCUCCAACCAGUGGACAUUUGUGUCUAUGCUAAUGGUACACAUAAACGAGGAUCAUUUUUCACCAGUGAUCAUUGUGAACUUUGUGUGUGUAAUAAGAAUAUGACAGUAGAAUGUUCGCCAUCUUGUCCUGAAGAACCACCACCGUUACCACUAAGACCGAGCGUCAUCUGUCGUCAACCACAUUAUAGACUUGUCAACUGCUGUAAAACACUCUUUUGUCAACGAGGAGAUAAUGAUCUAAUGAGCGCUAUUAGAAACGUGUACGCUACUUCUCAUACACCCCAGUCAAUCACCAUUACCUUUGAUGCCUUGAGACAGAGGACUGAGGAGGAAGAAGAGGAAUUGUAUCCAGAUUAUCAGCUUUUCUUUUCUGAUGCUGAAGAGUCGAGCAAUCCCACGAAUUGGACACCAAAACACAUCCACCUCACUCCAGUUGAGGAAGACGAAUCUACUUCACCAUCUCUUCUUUUUCAAAAGAUGGAUUCAUUUCUUGUUGGAACUUUAACCUGUAUAAUAAAUGGUAGGGUAUUGAAUGAAGAAGAAUCGUAUUUGGAUGAAUGUGAAAGAGACUGUAUAUGUAGAGCAGGGAAACUGGCCUGUGAAAACAAUUGCCCGCAAAUAAACACCAUAAUGAUGCCUUCUUCCUCGUGUCCACAACCAAAAUUAGAAAAAAAGGAAAAUGAAUGCUGUCCUUCGUGGAAAUGCCAUCCAAAACCCUCCGGUUGUCGAUAUGGAACAGCUCUUCUGAAAGACGGGGAACAAGUUAGAGAAGGUUGUGACAAUAUAUGUACUUGUGAAUCAGGAAGGAUGCAAUGUCGCCCAGUUUGUAAUAUCACAAGUGAGCCUCCUAGACAAGGUUGUAGAUUACAGCAGAUACCAGAUCAUUGUUGUAAGGCUUGGAUGUGUCCACCAGAUAAAAGACCUGUAAAAAGUGUCGAGGCUGUUGUUAGGACUAUUUUUAACAGGAACUGUUUGGAGCCAAUAAACCAGUUCAAAAAUUCUUUCCGGGAAGAGUUAUUGGGCCUGGUGCAUUCCUCGUGUAAAAGAUUAAAUGAACAUGAGCGAACGAUAUGUUUAGAGAUUGAUACAGUGAUGCAUUGUUCAACCACCAGAAGUAGACGUAGAAGAGAUGUUGAUGCUACCAUUGUCGACUUCGGUGUCUCUGUGCCUAGAAGAUCUGAUGAAUCUUUGGCAAGCUUGAACAACUCCCUACAGACUAUUUUAGAUGAUUUGUCCAGUUUGUUUAACACUAGCGAGAGUGUAGUUCUGAAUAUAGACAGUGUAGAAUUUACAUCCUCUGGUCAACUAAUACUGAAAUCUUUACAUUAUGCCUGUGAUGAAGGUUAUUCGUUCUAUCGGGAUUUCUGUGUGAGAACGGAAAUAUUAAUCAGAGAACCAGCGUUUAGUUUAGAAUUACAGCCACUGUCUGUUGGUGCUGACACAGCAGUUCUGGGCUGGGAAAGUUUGACCAAGAUAGGGGUAACCUAUGUUAUAGCUCUUCAGAUAGAAUACAGAGAAGAUAAUUACACCGCCUGGAACCAAACAACCAAAUUUCAACCCCAUGAAACCAGCCACACAUUGACAGAGCUCCAAGCAGAGAGCAUUUACAGAGCCCGACUGGUAGCUCUAACAAAUUUAGGUACUAGACCAAUGGUGCCUACUAGAGAUCUGGUCUUCAAAACGAAAGCUUAUGAAGGUGAAUUUUCUCUUUACUUGGAGAAUGUUCAGGUUGGCCAAACGUCAGUGACAAUAAGAUGGCGAAACAUACCAAAAGAUGAACUUGCAAAUAUUCAAAUGAUGGAAAUUACAUACAACGAAAUCAACCGGCCCCUUACAGUGAACACUGUAACAACCAAACCGUCCUUAAAUAAAUAUACCAUACCUAGUCUAAAACAGGCUACUAAUUAUGUAGCUGUUAUAACAAUUGUAUUCAAUAAUGGAACUCGUGUUCAGUCUGGUACAAUCCACUUUAUCACUGACUCGUCAGAUAAGUCAUCCAAUUUGACAAUACCUCUAGCAGUGUCGGCUGUCAUCCUUGUAUGUGCUAUUAUUAUUGUAUCAAUAACAUGCUGUAUGUGGAGAAAAGCCAGAUUAAAAAAUAUAACGGAUACAGCUUUUGAGAAUAAAGUCUUUGGCAUUCAAAUCCAGAAUGAAGGGAGAACAUUAAGUGCCAGACCGUGACAAGUUACUAGUCAGUAUUCAACGAACAUUACCCCGGUGCAUUUAUUAUCAUUAUCAUCUAUCAAGGAGUGGAUGUAUGGAUCUAGGAAGACAUUGUCUGCGUUUAAAGUAAAGAGAGUAACGAAUGUAGAACACAUCAAGUCAUUGGGUUGAGGUUCUUUGAGUGCACGUCAUAUUUCCCACAUUUAACAGGGGUUUCAUAAUAUUUCAUAUUAGUAUUAAGCUUUGACCAUUCUUGGAUAGCCAGGAGUAUAUUUUACUUGUACUAUCACAUCUUGUCACGUUCGCAUUAAUG